ACAAGUAUUGACAGGAAAACCCUUAACAGGAACUUCUUCCCUCACUGAAGGGUUACGUAAAUAAUUUCGAAUGAGAAAACGGAGAUCCGCUAGAGCACAACAUGCUUGGUUUGAAAUUAAAACCGGGCAUAACACUGAUCUCCUUAGUGAAGAGGUUAAGAGGAGAAGAUGGAAGAUGAUGGGGCAUGUCCUACGACAAAACAGAAACAGCCAUACCAACAUAGCCCUAUCAUGGACACCUGAAGGAAAAAGGAAGAGAGGAAGGCCUAAGACCACCUGGCGAAGAACAGUUGAGAGAGAGAGGAGCAGCGCAGGAUGGCUUACAUGGGAUGAGGCAAGAGCUGCUACAGCCAACAGAGAAAAUUGGAGGGAUUCUGUGGAGGCCUUAUGUGCCACGAGGCACAAAGAAGCUAGGUAACAGGUAACAUAACACUGAUCUCAGAGUGAUACCUUCCUUCCCUUCGUAUUUGGCGCCAGUUGUGUCUUGUGAGAUGAAGGCCUGGGUAGGAGUAGUGACGUUGCGAGUGACUGCGUGGCUCUCAUUACGAAAAUCAAAAUGGCGGACGACAGCUCACCGGCAGCGAGCGAGAAGAAACAACCUCUUACAGCUGAUAUGAAAGGUUUAUCGGACGAUGGUGCGGUUGAACAGAAAGAAUACCUGGAAAUAUUCAAAGAUGUUUUGAAGUGUGUGAAGUAUCUGUUUGAUUUGAGUCGAGACAAAGACCACAAAGAGACAAAUGUUCCAGAAGAUGCUGUGGAACCACAGUCGAAUACAGAACUAAGCAACGUCCUGUCCCAGAUCUCCAGUUUAGUGAAUCAUGAAAUGCCACAAACACAGUUCACUUGUAAUCCAGAUCAUUACACUCAUACCAGCAUCAUUGCUAAGACCUUGUCGUUAUACUUAUCUCUGUUGGAUGAAUCGUACAUCAAAAAAUUAUCAGCAUGUAUAAAGUCCGACUGCUCACAUUGGUUAUCCAAGCUCUUUGGGUAUGAAAAUGCUUUGUCCUGCUUCCAUGAACAUCAGUGGGAUGGUUUGGUUCGAGUUUGCAGGUUGGCCUUAAGAGUAAAGUACCCCAAAUUUGGAACAGAAGGAUUUACAGCGCUCUAUACCAGACCUCCUGUUGUCUAUGUGAGCUCCUCUGCAUGCAAUGCACUAGGACAUUAUUUGUGUACUCAGCUUGGUUUGCCGCAAUCCAGUGUUUGUAAAGUGCCAUGCAACACAGUUUUUGGUUCAACACAUACAAUGGACAUUGCUGCAUUUGAGAGGCUUUUCAAUGAUGAUGUAUCCUGUGGCAAGACACCGCUCCUUCUCAUUGCAUAUGCUGGAACCCCAGUAGCUGGACAUACUGAUAACCUUAGUCGAUUAAGGGAGCUUUGCACACAGAAUGGCCUCUGGCUUCAUUUGGAAGGGGACACUCUUGCGACUCUAUGUCUUGAAACAAUUCCAGCUUCUUUAAAGAGUGCUCCUGCCUGUGACAGUAUGAGCCUGAAUAUCAGCAAGUGGUUUGCCUUGCCCAGUGCACCCUACUGUACAUUCUACAGAGCUAAAGAUUUAGUUUUGGCAGAGGCAUCAGGACUCAGUCAAAACCAUGAACCUGAUAGGCUGUCAGUACUUCCUCUUUGGAUUAGUAUUCAGACUAUUGGUCUAGAUAAAAUGCGAGAAAUGAUUUUACAUGCAGCUCAGCUGUCUCAACAGUUGUGUGUAAGCUUGGAUGGAAUGCAAGCUGCUGUGAAGAGAAUAGCCCAGCCACACUGUAUGUCCCCCAUGGUGGUGUUCAAAUACAAAGCAGCCCCUGUGUCUGUGAAUGGAUCUGCCAUCCUUGAUACAGAGCAGGAGGAAGGUUCAGAUCAAGAUGACGAGCAAGGUAAGGUUAUAUUAUUGAAAGGUUGUAGUGACUAUUUAUCCCAUUUUAUGGCCUAUAAUUGCAAAAGUAUCAACAAACAUUUACAGGCCCAGCCACACUGUAUGUCCCCCAUGGUGGUGUUCAAAUACAAAGCAGCCCCUGUGUCUGUGAAUGGAUCUGCCAUCCUUGAUACAGAGCAGGAGGAAGGUUCAGAUCAAGAUGACGAGCAAGUCUGCGGAACCACAAAUGAAAAUGUAGAAGAUUUUGUAAUUUGUCUUAAAGAGGAAGUGGCCAGACUAGAUGGCAUCCUUCUGUUUCAAGAGGAAUUUAGGUUAGCAACGGAAGGCAAGGAACAUGUUGUGGUUGUAGAAACCCAGGACACAUCAACCAUUGGAGCUCUACUGUGUGUUCCGCGAUACUGGACCAACAAAGAACUUGACAAGCUUAGAGAGGCUAAGAAGGUUGAACUUAAUGACUGGAACAAAGAAGUGUUGGCAAAGAUAACAGAAGGAAUGCCAGAUGUUUUCAGUAAGGGACGAACACAGGAUGGACUGACUUGUAUUAUAAUUGAACAGGUGGCUUCCACAUCGUCGGUUGAUGCAGUGGUAGAUUUUGUUUGUCAAGCAGCCACUGAGCUUGAAAGCUCGAGCAAGUAUUUGGAGCAGAUGGCAGAUGCAAUACAGAAGGGUAUUGAAGCAGCUCAACAGGACAUGGUUAAAGAUGCCGAGGAAAAACUCUUGGAGGAGGGUCUGUUACGACAAGUCCCACUCGUCGGUUCUUUUGUGAACUGGUUGUCACCUCUUCCUGAGGAACCCAAGACAAUUGGAAGAACGUUCAAUCUAACAUCUGGUAAUCUACACAGUACAGAAAAAAUCUACAAGUAUCACAUGCAAGUGCAAGAUGAAGAAGAUGAAGAAGCAAAACCUGUGACCCCAACAAAGUCAUCUCCAAAAGUCAGCCCAACGAAGGAAAGUCCUUCAACGGCAGAUUAAAUGAACUCCCCGACACAACCACAGCUUCAUCCUUGUACCAUAUACAUUACAAAGUCAUUAGAAUUUAUUGCAAAGUCAGUAGAAUGCCCAAACCAAAUAGUGGUCAAAUUACAUGUUAUGUAGUAUUUACAGUUUACAAUUAUUACUGGUAAGAAAAGCAUUAGACAAGCACUGUAGACCACGUCCGUGUUGCCAAGGAAAGGAAUUUGUUAGCCAAAGAUCCAAGACCAAUCUACGAAUAAAUUAAAUUAAUUUCAAGUAUUUAAAUGGCAGCAAAAACCUUCAAAAAAGAUGUAAAAGAAACUCUCGAAAUUGGAGUUUAGUAUCGUUCGUUGUCAUUGAGUAUUUGGGCCAAGUGAGCAUCUCUUUUUUGAUGGAGAAUGUGUCCCGUGGCCAUGGUUUCAAGUUGCCAGAAGUAUUGGCUAAGCCUUUAAGUCAAACAAAAAAGUGGGGUAUGGUAUAUUUUCAUUUUAUCAUCAAAAUAUUUAGGAUUUAGAUACCAAUAUUACUAUCAGGUGGCGCUUGGAAGAGGUUAUGCGUCUCAGUAGCAAAUGAGAAAUCCUAACAGUCAAUAUUUAAUUGCUAUUAUUACAGAUGGCAAAAAUGUUCCCGUAAUUUUUCAAUUAUGUAGCCAUUGAUAGUGUUGGGUUUACUGUUUUGAG